CAAUACGGAACACACUGUUGUCCGAGCACCGUUUUAAAGCCGCUAAGGAUUCAAUGCAUUGAGAGACAUCUUGGAGGGAGAUCAGGCAGAUAGCCACCACGCCUAAAUCCAAAGGCGGAAGUGAGUUCUUGUGUAACGCAGAGGCGGACGCUUUACCUUUUCUCUUCAGGAGUUGAAAGGAUGCUAUCCUUCUUUGAGCCUGUAGAGGGCGCGGGAAAUACAACGCUUCCUUUCGCCGCCCAGGUGCGCCUCUCAGCGAGCGAAAUCUUUAGUCCUCUCAGCAAUCAGAACCACAGCUGCAGAAUUCUUCUCCCGAAGCUUCUGUUGUUAAGACGAGCGCACUUACCUUUUCUACGCUAAGGAGCAGGCGCGGGCUUUCUCCCUCGAGCAGAAACAAUUCUCUGCUCCUCCACAUCUGUUGCGCGAAGGCGAGAGCAAGAGGAAGGCGCAAGAGUCGCAAUCAGAGGCUGUUCAGUAGUCGUCUACUACCGAGAUUCUCUGGGACAGGGCAGCGCGAACUUGGGAACACCUCCGUGCCGACAGAUUUGCCAGGCAGGGAGGGAGGUGCAAGCUCUGGAAAAAUGCAGCUGUGUUGCUCAGCCGACCUCUAGUUUUCACGGCCAUGAGUGUGUCAGGCCUGGCUCCAUUCAAAAUCCAAGAAAGAAAACCCCUGACUCCACUGAAGUAGAGAAGGGGUGAUGGUUAGAACAGCACACAAAAGUCAGAAUUACAUGGUGAUGGUUGUUUAAACUAUGGCCCAGUUCUAUUAUAAGAGAAGCAUCAAUGCCCCUUACAGAGAUCGCAUCCCUCUUCGCAUUGUACGAGCAGAAUCUGAACUCUCCCCUGCUGAGAAAGCCUAUUUGAAUGCUGUAGAAAAAGGAGAUUAUGCCAGUGUGAAGCAAGUCUUGGAAGAAGCAGAAAUUUAUUUCAAGAUUAAUAUUAAUUGCAUUGAUCCUCUUGGAAGAACAGCUCUUCUCAUCGCAAUAGAAAAUGAAAACUUGGAGUUCAUAGAGUUGCUCUUGAGUUUUAAUGUCUAUGUUGGAGAUGCUCUGUUACAUGCCAUAAGGAAAGAGGUGGUUGGUGCAGUUGAGCUACUCCUCAAUCACAAGAAACCCAGUGGGGAAAAACAGGUACCACCCACGUUACUGGAUACACAGUUCUCUGAAUUUACACCAGAUAUAACACCCAUUAUCUUGGCUGCCCAUACAAACAAUUAUGAGAUCAUAAAACUUUUAGUCCAGAAAGGUGUGUCUGUUCCCAGACCACAUGAAGUUCGCUGUAACUGUGUGGAAUGUGUCUCCAGUUCAGAUGUGGAUAGCCUUCGCCAUUCCCGAUCCAGACUAAAUAUCUACAAGGCUCUUGCAAGCCCAUCUUUAAUUGCUCUAUCAAGUGAGGACCCAUUUCUUACAGCAUUCCAGUUAAGUUGGGAACUUCAAGAACUGAGCAAAAUGGAAAAUGAGUUUAAAUCAGAAUAUGAAGAAUUGUCACAACAGUGCAAGCAGUUUGCAAAAGAUUUGUUGGAUCAGACUCGAAGUUCAAGAGAAUUGGAAAUUAUUCUUAAUUACAGAGAUGAUAACAGUCUACUAGAAGAGCAGAAUGAAAAUGAUUUGGCAAGAUUAAAACUGGCAAUUAAAUACCAUCAAAAAGAGUUUGUUGCCCAACCAAACUGUCAACAGCUACUUGCCUCUCGUUGGUAUGAUGAGUUCCCAGGCUGGAGGAGACACCACUGGGCUGUGAAGAUGCUGACUUGCAUCAUUGUUGGAUUCCUUUUUCCCGUAUUCUCUGUCUGCUACUUGAUAGCUCCCAAGAGCCGACUGGGACUGUUCAUCAGGAAACCAUUCAUCAAAUUCAUCUGCCACACUGCUUCCUACUUGACUUUCUUGUUUCUUCUUCUACUUGCCUCUCAGCACAUUGACAGGUCAGAUCUGAAUAUGCAAGGGCCUCCACCAACCAUCGUUGAAUGGAUGAUCUUACCAUGGGUCUUGGGAUUUAUUUGGGGUGAAAUUAAACAAAUGUGGGAUGGUGGCCUGCAAGAUUACAUUCAUGACUGGUGGAAUCUGAUGGAUUUUGUUAUGAAUUCUCUAUACCUGGCAACAAUAUCACUGAAAAUAGUUGCAUUUUCAAAGGAGGCCUUGCUCAUGGUCACCCAUAUCUUGGUCACCUCCUGUCUGGAUUACUGCAAUGGAUUCUACAUGGGAAUGCCCUUGAAGGCCACCCAAAAACUUCAACUGGUCCAGAAUGCAGCAUCAUACAAAUACAGUGGGCUGCUUGCAAGACAGAGCUGGGAUAUGUGGCAUCCAACACUGGUUGCAGAGGCCCUGUUUGCUAUUGCAAAUAUUUUUAGUUCUUUGCGUUUAAUAUCAUUAUUCACUGCAAAUUCUCACUUGGGACCACUGCAGAUCUCUCUUGGAAGAAUGCUACUGGAUAUUUUAAAAUUUCUGUUCAUCUACUGUCUUGUACUGCUAGCUUUUGCAAAUGGACUUAACCAGCUAUAUUUUUAUUACGAAACAAAUGAACCUGAUCGCUGCAAAGGAAUACGCUGUGAAAAUCAAAAUAAUGCAUUUUCAACUUUAUUUGAAACUCUCCAGUCACUAUUUUGGUCAGUCUUUGGACUCAUCAAUUUGUAUGUGACCAAUGUUAAAGCUCGACAUGAAUUCACUGAGUUUGUUGGAGCCACUAUGUUUGGCACCUACAACGUCAUCUCACUCGUGGUCCUGCUUAAUAUGUUGAUAGCCAUGAUGAAUAAUUCCUACCAACUUAUUGCUGAUCAUGCAGAUAUUGAAUGGAAAUUUGCUCGUACAAAGCUAUGGAUGAGUUACUUUGAAGAAGGAGGAACUUUACCCACGCCUUUCAAUGUCAUACCAAGUCCAAAAUCUCUAUGGUAUUUGUUAAAAUGGCUAUGGAGACAACUAUGCAGGCAAAACAUUAAAAAAAAAACCAAAAGCUUUGGAACCAUUGGGAGACGUGCAGCAGAUAAUUUGAGAAGACAUCAUCAGUAUCAGGAGGUGAUGAGGAAUUUGGUUAAGAGAUACAUAGCAGCAAUGAUAAGAGAUGCUAAAACUGAAGAGGGACUAACAGAAGAGAAUUUUAAGGAAUUAAAGCAAGAUAUUUCCAGUUUUCGCUUUGAAGUAUUGGGUCUUUUAAAAGGAAACAAACUGGCUAAUUUACAACACUCUAAAACAAGCACAGAAGUCUCCUCCUUGACAGAAUCUAAUGAAGAAAGUGAAAGUGGAGGAAAUGAAAAAAUCAUGAAGAAAAACCUCAGUCUUUUCAAAAUAACUACAAUGAUUCACCCAAGAGUAGUGGCAAAAGUCUCUAAAGCACACAACCAAAGCAAUGGGUCAGCAAUGAUGCCAACUGAGUCCACAAAGGAAAAACAAAGGAAAGUAAACUUUGUAGCUGAUGUAAAAAAGCUUAGGUUGUUUCAUAGACAAUCAAAUAAUAGCUCUACUGAGCACAGUACAAAUAACAUUUAUUCAAUUUCUGAAGAAAUGUCCCAUCAACAAGCAGAAGAACAUAAGAAAGUAAUUGAACUGGGAGAUAAAUCAUUGGCUAUGAACUGUGAGCUAAAUAAACAUGAUCUCAGUGCAAAGUGCACAGUUCACAGUAAUAAGCAAGGUAGAAAGGAGGCUUUCGACUCUAUGCUGAAUAACAAAACUGCUCCUUCUGACUGGAAAACCACCAAGGGGCAGGGCUCAGAUUUCCCCAGAGAAAUGCUAAACAAUGAGCAGGAUAUCAGCAUCUUGAAGGAAGAACCAAAUAUUAAGAGCAGCUAUAUGACAACAUGGUUAUGAUGAAAGCAGGCAGAACCUGUAAAAUUAUGUAUAAAUUGUAAAAUGCUUUGAAAAAGAAAUAUGUAAACCCAGUUACCAAAUACAGUAUUAGAAUAUUCAAAAACUGUAGGACAAAAUAUUGUAAUAUAAUUAUAUCACAAAAAAAUAAACAGAAAAAAUUGUUUUGUAACCAAUUUUUGUUUUCACAAUUACCUUUACAUAUUUUAUUAAGCAGGAGUGUCUGGUACUCUUGUAUUGUUGCAAUAAACACAGAAAGGUUUUUAGAUAUCUUUUUCAAUCUCAAUUCAAAAACAUUUUCUCUGGAUAGUUGAUGCCUAUAGUUAGUAAAUAUUUUUCCAUGCAAAUAAACAUAGCUUAAUAAAAGUGUGAGCCAAUAUUUUAAAGUGUUUUAAGGUUUCGUGCGCAUGUGUUUGUA